CCUUUAUUAAUUGUUUGUUUUUCAAUGUGUUUUGCUUAGAAUCUGACUUCAGCUUGAAGGGAGAUUACUUAUUGGGUGGCCUUUUUGCUUUACACGAAGUUCAACAUGCAACUCCUUUGUCCUCCCCAGAAGCCAUUCAAUGUUUAAGAUACACUUUCUCAAAAUCUGGCUAUCAGAUGUUGCAAGUGAUGAGGUUUGCUAUUGAGGAGAUUAAUAACUCCACAACUCUUCUGCCCAACGUUUCUCUGGGAUAUGAGAUUUUUGACCACUGUACUGACUCAAAAAAUUUCCAUUCAGUCUUCAGUUUUAUCUCAAAUAAUGGCUUAAUAAAAUCUAAAGAAAAACUCAACAACUAUCAGCCUAAAGUGAUUGCCUUAACAGGGCCAUAUGGAAGCACAAGCACUAUUGCCAUUGCACCAUUAAUAACAAUGGACCUUAUACCAUUGGUGAAUUAUGGAGCUUCUAGCUAUGCAUUAAGCAAUAAACGUAUGUAUCCUUCCUUUAUAAGAACAAUCCCUAGCAACAAAGACCUGAUAGAGAUGAUU